AUGAAGUUGUCUAAAUUUUAUCAGCCGGUGAUCAAUGUGAUUACGUCUGAUUUGAGGGUUCAGGUGAAUAUUUUAGCUUAUUUUUAUUUUUUCUUUGAGAAUUUGUCUUUAUGCUUGAAUAUUUUAGUAUUCCAGACCUGUGGGAGGCUUGAUAGCAGACAGAAUUACAAAAAGAUGGGCUAAACAGAAUGAACCGUUGGUUAGAAAGGUCGUGGAGGAGUUGAAGAUCAAACCAGGUAUGUUUUUGCUUUUAUUGUUUGAAUUUUAGGUAAAAUAGUUUGAAGGUCGGAUGCAGAACUUAUAAUCAUGUUCUUGAGAUGCUGUUUAGAAUGGUUUUUUUUAUUUUUUGACAGUUUUUAUUGUUCUAUAUGAGCUGUGACACCCUUUUUUACUCUUUAACUUUAGGGUAAUAUAAGUGGAUUCAUUAUGUUCUAAUGUUGUAAUACACAAUUAAUUUGGUUUUUAAGAUCUAUUUGUAAUAUAUUGACGCAGUUUAGUGUAAUUGGGUUUCUGUAAAGCCAGGCACACAACUUUUUCUCUCUUCGACUCUUAUGAGUAAUAUAAAUUUAUGUAUUUUAGAAAAUAAACUGUUAGAAUUUGGAUAUGGCUGUGGCGUUGGCAUAGAAUUAGCGUUAGAACAUUUAGGGCCACGUGGUACUUUUUAUGGAAUAGAAGCAAGCGAGAGAAUGCAUAAAAUGGCUGAAAACAAGUAUGCAUUUGAGGUUGCUGAAGAAGGUAGAGUUGUGUUGGAAAAAGUAAGCGUUAUCUUUGUGCUUUUGUUGUUUUUAAGUACAUUGGGAUCUGUUUCAUCUGUUAAAAGUUAUUUUACGUGCAAUUUAAAGUUAUGCUUAUCAAAAAACAAUUUUAUAUCAUGUUACCCAUGACGUUUGAUGCUCUAAUGAAUAAUUUCAGUUACCAAUGAUAAUAGAUCUCCCAUUUCCUAAUAACUUUUUUGAUGCUGUGUAUCAUAUUGACGUUUUUUACUUCUGGGGACGUGCUAGCAUGAAAACCAUUUUAAAAGAAAUUAUGAGGGUUAUCAAGCCCAAUGGUUUAUUGCUAUGCGGAAUGAACUUUAAAAGGUAAUUUUUUAAAUGAUUUGUUGUUUUUUUGCACUUUUAUUAUUAUAAAAUGAUGGUAUGUACUUUAAUAGUGAUAACGUUUUGUUUACAAGAUUUUUUGUCAUGUUUUAACAUAGGUAUAUAUGAUUUUAGGUUGGAAGGGUUGGAAAAAUGGGGAGUAAUAGGCAAGGAGAAGUGGGACCCAAUGAAUUAUAUGGUGCAUUUGGAGCCGGUUGGGUUUUUGGAUGUUAAUGUAAGUCUAUAAAAGUUAAAAAGAAAAUAUCUUUUUUUGGGCGGGGUAAAAAUUUUUUCGGGGUGUGGUUAAAAAUUUUUUUGUUAGAUUGGAUUUUUUAAUAUAAAAAUAAUGUUGUGGAGUGCUAUUUUACAUUUAUUUUUAUAAAAAUAAUUUUUUCUUUAUUUUUGAAAUUGAUUUAAAAUUUGAGAUUUUCAGAUAAAAUAUCACAAACUGCCUACAGGAGAAGAAGUCCAGCUGAUUUAUGCUAGAAAGCCAAGUGAAGAAGAGGACAGUACGUAUGAGAGUAAGAUGGCAAGUUUGGAGAAAGACAUAAAAGAAUUUAUGGCAAUGGAAAGUUUGAUGAAAAGCAAUCAAAGAGAUGCCAGUUUAGUAGAAGAAGCGGGCAUGAACAAGCAAAAACGAGGUAUUACAUGGAAGGAAGAGACGAUAAAGAAGACUGAGGCAUUAAAAAAGGCUGCAGAAGAUGUAAAUGAAGAAAAGAACACAGAAAAUGAAGAGAAGUCAAAGAAACAAGCUGUAAAUCAAUAA